UUUCCAUUCUCCUAUUUAUGAGAUCCCAAUCCCGCCCAUCAUCACAACAUAACACAUUUCCAACAGUCUCUGUUUCCAAUUUCCCCUGUUUUUCUUCUUCUCCUCCUCCUCUGCCAACCAAACUAAUGGCCUCACUCACCUUCACCCCCAUCAGAACAACAUUCACCGGCGGCAACAAUCCCCCGCCGUCGCCUUCCCUUCCCCUCCGCCUCCACCGCUUCCCGGCCAGAAUCUCCUGCCAGAAAACCCACUCUUCCGAAUCUCAACACAACACAACCAAAACUCACCAGCUCCCUCCAGGCCCACCCAAGCUCCCCCUGAUCGGAAACCUACACAACCUCAUCGGCGCACUCCCGCACCAAGCCCUCCGCAACCUCGCCGCCGAAUACGGCCCCUUAAUCCACCUCCAGCUCGGCGAAAUCUCCGCCGCCGUCGUCUCCACCCCGGCGAUGGCCCAAGAAAUCAUGAAAACCCACGACCUCAACUUCGCCGACCGGCCCCGCCUCCUCGCCUCCGAGAUCGCCACGUGGGGCAGCCAGGACAUCGCCUUCUCCCCUCACGGCGAGUACUGGAAGCAGAUGAAGCGGAUUUCGCUGACGGAGCUUCUGGGUCCGAGAAAGACCCAAUCUUUCCGCGGGAUUCGAGAAACAGAGGUCUCCGACAUGAUCGCGUCGGUGAGGAAUUCGGUCGGGAAACCGGUGAAUUUAACCGAGAAGGUGCUCAGCCUGACCAAUACGAUCACCUGCAAGACCGCGUUUGGGUACCAGUGUAUGGAUCAGGAGGAAUUCGUCGGGCUGAUGAACGGGGCGGUUCGUGCGGCGGCAGGGUUCAACAUCGCCGAUCUGUACCCGUCUCUCGGGUUUCUUCAGGGGAUUACGGGGAUGAAAUCGGAGCUUCUGAGGAUCCGAAACGGGCUGGAUCGGAUCUUCGACAGGAUCAUUAAGCAGCACGAGGAGAAGAGGGCGAAAGGGGAGGUGGAUUUGGAUGAUGAGGAUCUCAUGGAUGUUCUUCUCCGGCUUCAGGGGAGUGGCGGCUUCAAGUGUCCCAUUACUAGCACCAACAUCAAAGCCGUCCUUGUGGAUCUUUUUAUAGCCGGAACAGACACAUCAUCAACAACCGUGGAAUGGGCAAUGUCAGAAAUGGUGAAGAACCCGCGAGUGAUGAAGAAGGCUCAGGCCGAGGUGCGAGAAGCCAUGAAGGGCAAAUCGGUAGUCACGGAAGCAGACAUUCAGAACCUGCCAUACUUGAGCGCGGUGAUCAAAGAAACGUUCAGGCUACAUCCACCAGCGCCACUGCUGCUUCCGAGGGAAAGCAAAGCGAAUUGCGUGGUUGCCGGGUACGAGAUCCCCAAGAAGACGAAAGUGAUCGUCAACGCCUGGGCGAUCGGGAGGGACCCCGGGACGUGGAAGGAUCCGGAGGCUUUCGUUCCCGAGAGAUUCGACGGAAGCGAGAUCGAUUUCAAAGGGAUGCAUUUCGAGUUGAUCCCGUUCGGAGCAGGAAGGAGGAUAUGCCCUGGGAUCGCGUUUGGGAUGGCCAAUGUUGAGCUCCCUGUAGCUCAAUUGCUCUACUAUUUUAACUGGGAGCUCCCUGAAGGGCUUGCCGUGGAGGAUUUCGACAUGGAAGAGUCAUUUGCAGCCACCAUGGGGAGGAAGAACGCUUUGUAUUUGAUUCCCAGGGAGUUCAAUGUGCCUGAUGGUCAGCCGGCUGUUAAUGGAAGUUCUUCUGAAAUGUUGGCGGCUGCUGCAAAUUAAUCAUAUAAGAUGACCAGAAAUAAUUGAAGGACGCCAAUGUAGGUGAUAGAGUAUUAUUUUUUUCCUUGUCCCAUUAUAAAAAUUAUUGACUGAUUUUUCCAUAUUGAUGGUUGUGUAAUUAGGGGUGUACAUGGGCCGGUUUUCAUCAUUUUAAUCACCCAAAUCAUGAGUCUCAGG